AUGGUUCAACUCAAGUCCAAGGCAGAUUAUGUGACCCUUGAUCCAAACUUCAAACCGCUCCCUAAGAACGGACAUCUCUCCACGAUUGACCCUGAGUUUGCCAAGGUGAAGGAUGCAACAGACGCCGCAGUCGCGCCCAUGUGGGAGCCCGGCUUGGACAUGGACGCUUUCAAGGCCGCAUGGAUGGCUCCGCCCCCGGCACCCGAGGGUUGCCCUUUGGAGGGUGUCGAUGUGAUGACCGAGAUGCGCACGAUCCCCGUGCGGGAUGGCACACAGAUCGGAGUCAAGAUGUACAAAAGCAAAAGACCGACGACUGACCGCGCGACCCUGGCGGUUCGGUUUCACGGAGGCGGAUGGGCGGUUGGAGGACACUCGACCGAGGAGCCUGAGAGCUUGCUCAUGGCGGGACUGGGAAACGUGGUUGUCGUGAGCGUGGAUUACCGGAUGGCGCCCGAGUUCAAGUUCCCCUAUGCCAUCGAGGACAGCUGGGAUGCGGCAAAAUGGGCCAAGAAGAACGCUGUCUCUCUCGGCGCUGACCCCGAGAACAUCAUCUUCAUCGGCGGCUCUGCAGGGGGCGGUAUCGCCGCCGUCAUUGCUCAAAAGGCCCGCGAUGCUGGCAUGACCGGUGUGCGGGGACAAAUCCUCAACUUCCCCGUCACCUGCCACCCCAAGUUCUUCCCGGCGGACAAGUACGAGUACGGGAGCUACCAGCAGAACUAUGACGCAUCCGUCGUCUGCGCGCGCCGCAUGGAGUUCUUCCUGGACCUCUACCUGCCAGAUCCCCAGCCGCACCAAGAUCACUCGCCCUUGCUGGCGAAGACGCUCAAGGGGUUGCCUCCAGCGCUUGUUCAGGUCGCCGGUCUCGAUCCUCUGCGCGAUGAGGGCAUCGCCUACGCCGAACGCCUCCAGGCCGAGGGCGUCCCCACGGAGCUCCAGACUUACCAGGGUAUGCCGCACUGCUUCUACAUGUUCGCCGCCCACUCCAAGACGAGUGAUUACUACACGCGCGUGCUCGACUUCGUGAAGAGGGUGGGCGCGAACAAGGCUGAUGGAGCUCGUUCGGGAGAGCAAGCGCGGCUUUGA